GCGGGACGAGCCUCCGUCGCCCCAAUGCGAACGCGAUUUUCACGCGAAACUCACGCGGGACAACGUUUCCGAACGCAAUCGCGACUCGCGAACCCAUUUUGAAUUUGGAACCGUACAAAUUGUGCUAAUCUGUGACUGUAGUGUAUUGACUUGGAACACACCGCGAGUGUAAUUUGAUUAGUAGCGCGCAAAUUAACACAAAUAACGCUAAUGGGUGCGCCGACAACUUUAUAGUUUCGAAAUCUGUUAGCGAAAAAUAAACAGCAGUGCGAUUCGGACAUUAAAAAGUUUGCAUGGUGUAAUUUUUGAACCGGAACCGAACACUGGCUGAUUAUAAUUAAAAAAAAAAUUACAAAAAUGGCCAUGUGAAGGAAAAUCUGUGGAAAUUAAAAAGAAAACGUAACCUACAACCAAAAAAAAAACAAUAAAAAAUCAAAUGACGUUCGAAUAGAACAGGGACUGGUGAAAUAGAACGCGGAUUUGAAAAUUUGAAAUGCAGAGCAGAUGAAAUGAAGACGUCGCUCGAAUGCGAGCGGGCCGAGACCGCCGAGGGCGGCGGGAAGGGCCGGAUAUCUUUCAGCGUGGACUCGCUAUUGGGAUCCAAGACUGACACCCCAGUUAGAGAUACAGCUGAUGUUGCGAGUAACGACGCAGAAAGUACGGACGCGGCGCCGGAUUCGGAUGACAGUGACGUUGACAUUGAGGAUGUGGAGUCCAAUGUUGAUGAGAGGGAUGAGAGAGAGCCGGAGGAAGCCGAGGGUAGGAGCGGAGUGGUGGUGCCCCAGCCAUUGCUGCCGAGGUUGUAUCAAGGGCACGCGCCGCCGCCCGCGUGGCCCUUCGGCGCGUUUCCCUGGAUGGCGCCGAACCCUAUGUUCAGGGGUGGAUCUCCGAACACGGGCCCUCCCAGCGGCCCCCCCGUGGUCCGGUGCCAGCUCCGCAAGCACAAGCCCAACAGGAAGCCCCGCACGCCGUUCACCACGCAGCAGCUCCUGGCUUUGGAGAAGAAGUUCAGGGACAAACAGUACCUGAGCAUCGCUGAGAGAGCCGAGUUCUCCUCGUCGCUUAGGCUUACUGAGACGCAGGUCAAAAUCUGGUUCCAGAACAGACGAGCGAAAGCGAAACGGUUACAAGAGGCUGAAAUCGAGAAACUUCGGCUGUCAGCCCGACCCCUCCUCCCUCCGUCCUUUGCGCUCUUCGGCGGGGGAGGGGCGCCCCCCCUCUUCGCAGCCAUGGCCGCGGCCACCAGGCCCCAGCUCAGCUUCCUAGGAGGCCCCCCGACCCACCAGCACGCCAUAAACAUGAACAUACUAAACUCCCUCCAACCACAUUGACGACUAGAGAACGCGGGAACGCGCGAAAACGACGACCAGCCAUCUUAGUGCGGGAGAAAAUUUGAAAUUUCGAAUUUCGAACUGUCAAAACUGGUUGAACAUGUGAUAGUGAAGACAUUAAAAAUAAAGUGUUCGUUCUUUUUAAGGAUGUUUAAAAAAUUAAGGACAGUGUAUAAAAGUAUCAUGAUAAGCUCCGUAUACUUCAGUUAUGUAGUCAUGUAUUUUACAAAAUUAUAUCAAACAAUAAGUGCAAUUUUCAACUUAACUGCUACUUAACUAGAUUUUAAGUAAAAUAAUGUUGUUGCGUAUAAGUUGGUAUAGAAUCAUCCUAUAGAUUUAUUUAUUUAAAUUACUAUUUUUUUUAUUCAAGCUACAAUUGUUUAAGUUAUUCCUAUGCUAUGUGUUUUUGUUCCUAUUUUUCAAGACUUGAGUUCAGAUCUCAAAAAUACUUGUUACGUGAUCUGUCACACUUAGCUUUUUAUAGCCGGUUUCUUUUCUAUUCUAUUUAUUUAUGGGUUAUAAAACCCAUGAGCGGUUAACUUUGUCAAAAGGCUUAACGUACCCUUCGAAGCCUAUGAAGUCAUCUCAUCAAAACAUGUUAUUUAUUUUCUACAUAAUAAUGAAAAAAUAAGAAUUAUCUAAUAUUAGUUUACUAAAAAUCUACUGCAACCGAUUUGAAAAGGGUUGUCAAACCUAAAAGGAUUAAUUCCUCUGUUCUGUUUUUAGUUUUUCUCUAAUAACUAUUAUGUCUAUGUCAGAAAUUAGGAGAGGUGACUCAACUGUAAUAACUAAAAUAUAAUUUAAGCGCCUUUAAAUACAAAGAUCAAAUGAAUUUAGUUUUAGCACAGAACGAAAUGUAUGUAAAUAACGUUAUACUUAGAACAUAACAAUAACGGUAUUUUUCAAACCGGUUCCGAGCCUUGGAUCAAAGUCAGCACUCAACUUAAUUCAAUUGGCAACUCUAAACCCUUGUAACUUUUUACCACCACAUUAGAUCUACAACAAGCCGUUCAUUUACCAUUUAAUUAGUCAGUUUCAAUUCAAUGACUUGUAAUUGCUACUUCCAUUUAGUUUUACGAGUUUUAAUUCAUUUUCGAAGUCAGUUUCUUAAUGUAAAGUAUCCAAUAAUAUCAACCUAUUUGCUAGUAGUUGCCUUAAAUGGGCUUUAAACAGGCAGUUUUUUAUCUAUUUGUGCUUUUCAACGGCCCUUCGAAUGUAAACUUCUUGGAAAUGGCCUCUGGCAACAAUGUUCUUGUUUGCGAUGAAUAAAUUAAUUGGUAACUGUUCAUUAAAAGACGUGGGUUCAAAAUUUCAUUUUACGUUGGUUCUUUUUUAUUUCUUUGCCGUCACUGACAGGCAAGUGUCACUGUCAGUGUUCCCGCCAAAAAUUCAUGAAAGUUUUUUUCAACAAAAUUAAAGAACGAAUGCGAGUAUUGACCCUCUUAAAAAAUAUUUGAGAAAAGUUUUAGAGUACAAAUAGUUUUUUCCUACUUACAUGAACAUUUUUUUAUUUAAACUUUUCACAAUAUUUGCAGAUAAUAAUAUGCUACAGUCAGUGUAUGCAGAAAAGUUAGCCUUUAAGAAACUUGUAUUGAUUGGCAAUAACUUCUUUAUUCUUGAUGUAUAAAUCAACUUGUAAAUAAUUACUUUAAUAAAUUAUUAUGUGCGUAUGUUAGAUAAAAGUAUGGACGAUCUUUUAUGUACUACUAGAUUUUUUAAAUGCAAAAUGCUAUUGUAUAAAAUUAGGUAGGUACUUAAAUUGAGGUAAGUUAAUUUCCAAACUUUCCCUGUCUCUGUAUAUUUUGUGACGUCAUCAAAAACUCGAUUUUUCUCAAAGUAAACAAAACGUUCGGAAUAUUUUGUACGCGUAGGAACGAAUAUUAAAUACAUAGUUAAUUCUAAGGGCAACUUGAAGAAGCAUUUGUAAAUUAUUGAUUAAAUUAUA